AUGGCAGAGGGAAAUGGCACCAGGGUGACCGGCUUCCUCCUGAUGGGACUGUCGGACCGGACAGAGCUGCGAAUCGCGGCCUUCGACGCCAUCUACUCGGCCACGCUCCUGGCCAACAGUGCACUCCUCCUCGCCUUCCGCGCCGACAGCCGUCUCCACAUGUCCAUGUACUUCUUCCUCGCCAACCUUUCGUUGCUGGACGUCUCCCGCCCCAAGGCCACGGUGCCCAAGAUACUGCGGGGACUCCCCUCUGGAGACUGGCGAUCUCAUUGCUGGGUCCUGACAGGCCCCGUUCCUCAAUCCCUCACCCUGCUCGCUUCCGUCACCUUCACGCUGACCUUCUGCCGCUCCAAAAGCGUGGACCAAAUCAGCGCCUGCUCCAUCACUUUAGGCUCCUACCUCGUCGUCGUGGCCGCCAUCUUGAAGAGCAGCUCGGCCGAGGGGAAGCGCCGGGCCUGGUCCACCUGCACCUCCUGCCUGCUGGCCAUCGGCGGCUUCUACGGCCCCGCCAUCUUUGGCUACAUCCGGCCGUCUUCCGGUCACUCUCCCGGAAGCGACAGGCUCAUGGGCAUGGUUUUUGGCGUCCUCAACUCCUUCGUCUACAGCCCGAGGGACGAGGACGUCAAGGGGCCCUCCGGAAUUUGCUGA